CCUAACACUCACACAACACACACGACACACCAGCUCGCACGUGUGGCUCGCAUGUGAAGCACCCCUACUAUCCCCUUCUUCCUUGUUUUUUUCUCUUUGAUCCCACCCCCUCCCUUCCCCCGUUUUACAGGUUGUUGGGUACCUGCUGAUCUACUACGGUCAGCUUCGUAAAAACCCAAAGGAGUGCCAUGCCACCACCACCACCACCACCACCACCGCCGCUGGUGUUGCGGUUCUGGAAGAUGCAAGGGCUUGGGAACGACUUUGUGGUGGUGGACGGCGUGCGCCAGCCACACGAGGUCGUUCACCGGUUGCUGGAUCCCGACCACGGGACGCUCAAGCGGCUCGCAGAUCGGCGAUUUGGCGUCGGCUUCGAUCAGCUGCUUCUUGUGCAGGCAUCAGCGACGGCACCACUAUCACCAGCAGCCAGCACGUCCACCAGGACCUCAACAAGCACAGACAGUGCAGAGAAUGCAAUAGACGUGGAAUGCGUAGAAGGUGCAAAGCGUGUUGAUGACGCAGAGGGUGCAAGGCGUGUGGAAGACAUAGACGACAAGGAUACGCCGCCGCGGAGCAGCACGGGCUCAAGUUCCAACACCGCCCAGUGCACACCACUCGUCUAUCGCAUCUUCAACGCAGACGGCGGCGAGGUGUUCCAGUGCGGCAAUGGCGCACGCUGCGUGGCUGCGUUUGUGAAACACCUGGGGUUGUGGUCCGAGCCCAGGAUUCGCGUCAGGACGCUUCAGGGCACCUUGCUUGACAUGGAGAUCGUGAACAAGCAUCAGGUGCAACACGAAGAAGCACAGCGCAGCCACGACACGCUUCUGCAGCCAGGCAACGCUGACGCGUAUACGCCACAUGACCACCAGCGUCAGUCAUCGCCGACAGUUCUUGCAUCCUUGUCACUGCCCCCACCACCUUUUGGACACACGUGGCAGGUGAAGGUGGGCAUGGGUGUCCCCCGCUGCUCGGGCACCGGUGUCUUGUCAAGUGCAGUCCUGGAAGGAAGCGACAUCACCUGCACUCAACAUGGCUGCACGCUGCGCAUCACUCGCCAACAGCCCACACUCCAGCUGAGCAGCAGCAGCAGCAGCGAUGGUGGUGACGGCGGCGGCGGCCGUACAGUGGCUGAGGCCGUUGCCGCUGGAGAGUUGAGCUUACCUGGAGUGCCGCAACCCCGACCGGUGUGGAUCGUGGACAUGGGCAACCCGCACGCGGUGGUGCUGCUGGACACGAGCGUGGACGAUGUGGACGUGCACAAACUUGGAAGUGCAUUGCAGAGCAUGCGCGCUUGCUUUCCCGACUCAGUCAACGUGGAGUUUAUGCAAGUGCUGACGCCAACGCAUGUGCGGCUGCGCAUCUUUGAGCGGGGCGCGGGAGAGACGCUGGCGUGCGGGACGGGUGCAUGCGCUGCUGUAGCUGCGGCUGUGCUGCAUGGUCACGUGCUUGCAAGCGCCGGUAUCACAGUCAGCAUGCGAGGUGGUGAUCUCACGGUCCACUGGACAGGUCACCCUCACGCCCCACUCACCAUGACCGGCCCUGCCACAUGCUGCUUUGCGGGGGCCAUCACGCUCUAACCGUGUGUGCGUGCGUGCAUGUGUGUGUUUAUGUGUUUAUGUGUAUGUAUGUGUGUGUUUAUGUGUUUAUGU